AUGUCCAAGUUCAAAUGCUUGACCACGCCCAUCUCGAUCGCGCCUGCUGCAGAUGUUCAGGUCCUGCUCUGCGGCACUCACGCCUGCGUAUUGUCGGGGUCGCUGCGGCGACGGAACUGCGGCGGUGGCCGCGAGGCCGGCGCCUUCAGCCAUGGACCUGGCGGCGCUGGCGAGGUGCCGGAGCCGACGCCACGGGCGCAGCAGCUUUGGCGGGACGCCAAGGGCGGCCCGACCAACCUCGCGGCGCUCGCGCGAUCGGCCCCCGCGCCGCAGCGCACCGCGGCGGCGCCCCGGAGGGGCGCGCGCGCUGGCGGCGCGGAGCCCCCGCCGCCGGCGCCGCCGGCAACGGGCUCGAGGGUCCUAUCUUUGAACCGCCGAUCCUCGCCGCUCGGCUCGGGGUGCUCGCUUCCGCUUGGCUCUGGCGGCGCGCUGCAAGGGCCGCCCAUCAGGCAGGAGGCGCCCGUGCAGCUGAUCGAGGUGGUCCGCGAGGGCAGCCGCUGGCAGUACCGGGUCAGCCAGGACGGCGCCCGGGUGCUCGAGAGCCACGGGGGCCGACGCAUCGCGGUGGCGUCCGUGUGCGGCCUCUACCGCACUGGCAAGAGCUACCUGCUGAACUUGCUGCUCGGCCGCGUGCAGCAGGGCCUUCCGCUCUUCCAGGUGGGCAGCACCACCAACGCCUGCACCGAGGGGCUGUGGCUGUGGGGCGCGGCGGACGAGGACGACCUGGAGGCGCCGCUGCUGGCCUUCGUCGACUGCGAGGGAUUCGGCAGCACCGACAGCGACCGCAGCCGCGACGCGCAGCUCAUGACCCUGUGCGCGCUGAUCUCGUCCGUGCUGGUCCUGAACACCAAGGGCGCCCUGAACGAAGGGGUCUUCAACUCCUUGGCCCUCACGUGCCGCUUCGCGGAGCAUAUCUUCGAAGAAACAACAUCGGUGAGCCGCCCAGCGCUGAUGUGGGUCUUGCGGGAUUUCAUGCUUGACCUCACCAGCCCGGACGGGCGCAGCAUCUCCCCCGACGCCUACCUGGAGCAGGCCCUGACCUCGUGCUCCGCCGCAGAGGUGGACGACGAUCGCGCCCAGGGCGCGAAGGAGGUGAAGGAUAGCUUGUUGCGCUUCUUCGACUCGCGGACGUGUUCGGUAUUGGUUAGGCCGGCCCACGAGGAGAGCCAGCUGCAGCAGCUGGAGAGGGUGCCGUACCGCGGCCUGCGCGAGGAGUUCCGCAGCGGCGUCGAGGCGCUGCGGGCGCGGAUCGAGGCGGCCUGCGCGGCGGGCCCGAAGAGCGUCGGGGGCCAGGCGCUCGGCUGCGGCGCCUUCGUGGCGCUGCUGGGCAAGCUGGUCGCGUCCAUCCGAGCGUCGGAUAUCGUUGCCCCUCGACAUCUGGGGCUCUUGGGAGAACGUCCGGCACGAGGCCUGCGGCGCCCUCGCGGCCGAGCUGGCGGCCGGCGCCGCCCAGAAGCUGCGCGGCAUGACCGCCGGGGGCCCCGUGCCAGGCGGCAGGCAGCUUCCGCUGCCUGACGGGGCCCUCCGCGAGGUUCGAGGCGCAGAGCACAUUUAUUGGUGCCACCCC